AUGAAGAGAUCAUUCCAUAAAAAAGAAGAAAAUGAUGACGUGGCAGAGAAUGCUUCCAAUCAAACAGUCCCUCAGAUAGAAUCUCCACCACUUUCUCCUCCUCCGCCGCCGCCGCCGGCGAGAAGACUGAGGAGGCGCCUUCUGGCGAGGAUGCCCUACCAGCAGAAGCACCUCAACGUGGCGGAGGCACGCCGCGAGAUCGUCGCGGCCCUCAAGCACCACCGCGCCACCGCGAUCCAGCCAAAAAUGGAGCCGCGAAGCCUCGAUUUUUCGAGAGCCAGCGCCUCCAAAUUGCCCCUGCUGCAAGGCAUGUAUCCCUACGCGAUCCAGCCGAAGCCAAAAAUCGAGCCGCGAAGGCUCGAUUUUACGAGAGCCAGCGCCUCCAAAUCGCCCCCGCUGCUGCAAGGCAUGUAUCCCUACGCGAGUAAUCGCAGUUGGAUUUGCCCCCACUGCUUCUCCCCCUGGCCGGCGGUGAUGCUGACGCCAUCGCCGCCGCCGCCGGAUGCGGGGUUUCACGACUUCGAGGUGCCGUGGAUGGGGCUGGGGCUGAAGCUGGACGUGGAGGCGUUCGUCGGCAAGCCGUAUAAGGUUUACAUCGACGGCGCGCCGCCGGUUGAGAUUGAUGAAGACGAGAUCGAUGAGGAAAUGGCGGACGAUGAGGAAAGCGGCUGUGGAGUGGAGAAGCAAUGCGAGGUGGAUCUGCAACAGGAUUCUGCUUUGCCUGGCUUGGAGAUUGAGGAAACUGAUGGAGUGGAUGGAGACUGGCUGAAUUGA